UCGCCUUUCGCGCACGACUGUACCGCGUCAGAGAGUUAUAUUCACGAUCGCGAUAUAAACUUUUACGGAGUUCGGAGUUUUUGAACACUGGUUUUUUGGAUUAUGUGUGUGUGUUGUGUGUGGACUGUAUUGUACUAGCAAGGAUUUUGUGUGAUGAGUCAUCUGAGAUGAGAUCGCGCGCCUGCAAGCGGGGUCGAUAGUGGCAUCACAAUGGCGUUAACAAGGCUCUGCUCCCGAGCGCUGCUGCUUACCUUUAUGUUAUUGUGCAAAGAAUACACAGUGCGAAGUUUAGAACUGCUAGAGCUGCGAGUUCCAACCCACGUGCCGAUCGGUACGCGAGCGACUCUCUCCUGCCGCUGGCAGCUCGGCCCCUCAGACGUGCUGUACUCCGUCAAAUGGUACAAAGACGGCAAGGAGUUUUUCCGACAUGUCCCCGGGAACAGCGAGUCGAGGAGGAAAUACGCUCUGCCGGGCGUGGACGUUGAGGAGUCAAGUCCGAACGGCGCGAACGUGACGCUUGCCCCGGCGGCCCUGGAGACAGGCGGCCGGUACCGCUGCGAGGUGUCCGGGGAGCGCCCGCUGUUCCCCACGGUGUCUGACCACUCCGACAUGAUCAUUGUUGCUUUACCCGCCUUCGGUCCGGUUAUAACCGGAUCGCGGCUGCGAUACCACGUGGGGGAUCGGGUUCAGGUCAACUGCACAUCAGGUCGGUCGCGCCCAGCCACUCGCCUAGCGUGGUACAUUAAUGGGGAACCAGCGCCAGCAGCUGCGGUACUACCCCCAGAACAUCAUAAACAUGAUGACGGCUUGGAGACCACGAGCUUGGCGCUCGACUUCAAAGUGAAACCGAAACAUUUUCGGAAGGGAGACCUGAAAUUGAAAUGUCUAGCUACAAUAGCAACAGUGUACUGGAGGAGCAACGAAGAAAGCGUACAAGGAGAGAAGAUGAAAGGCUACGCGCGUUCUCGGGAACUCACAGAAAGUUCUAGAGCCGACCGCGUGCAGGCGGCGGGAAACUCCGCACACGCCGCGUUCUCCAUAGCAACAAACUUAUUAAUACUUAUCUUCACAAUCAUGCACCUACCAAUUACAUAGACAAUUUGUUAUAUAGUUCUGGCAUUACAUUUCAAGUAUCUCGUAUAAAAUUUACUGUGUAUUCUUGUAUAGGUUCUAUGCGAGUUCAUUUGUCUAAGACUCGUAAUCGAUUCCAAAGGUUCGUAGAAUAGUUAUUUGCAGUUCGAUAGGCUUGUAAUCUUAUUGUACGGGAAAAAUUUAAUAGCUGAGGGUUUUACAUGUAAUAUUGGCAUUCCUAUUUAUUCAAACUGAAUUAAUUACAUAAUAACUUGAAGAAUACGUAAGUAAUUUAGAACAUUGUAUGAAAUUUUCAAGUUAAUUAGAAAUGUAAUUAAAUUGAACAUCUUAUCUCGUGGUUGAGACCAUGACCAUGAGAGCUUUAACACAUAUCAAAACAUUUAAAUGUGACGAAUAUUGUCGAAACAUGUAUUUUUUGUAAUAUACCUAUUUAUAAUUAGCAAUAUCUAAAGUAUAAGAAUGUUUAAAAUACACAAUGAUAUUGCGAGAUUGUAAGGCCAAAGAAAAAGAAUUGAGUGGGUGUAUUAAUUAAAUUCUUGUUCAAAAAUGUCAAUUAUUUUUCCCUUUGCGCGGAAAUUAGCUCACGCCAAUUUUCUUUUUAUAAAUAUAAUCUAUAAUCGUAAACCGGUAAAAUAUUAUAAAUAAUUUUCAAAUAACUUAUAAAACUAGUCAGUUAAUAUUCUUACAUUCUUAUAUUAUUUAGUAAGAGAAAAAUACACGUGUAAGUCAAUAUAAUUUUAAAACCUUUACGUUAUUAUUCAUUACCUAAGAGAUUUUAUGAUGUCGUACUUACUAUGCAUUCAUUAUGAGAUUAUUUUAAUAGAAGGGAAAGGUAAAGUAUACAGCCAGUGUUUAAAAUAAAAAGCUUAACUUAAUACAUAAACCUGCUGUAUUUCUUAAAAAAAAAACUC